AUGAGCAUCUACCACCGGUUUGCCUCGCUAGAGCACGACGAGGCCUUCUUCAGGUCCCACAAACGGCCUGAACCAGCACAUUCAACAUCACGAACUGGCUCCAAUUCCUCGACCCAGUCGCUUCCAGGCCCUUCCAGCCUCUGCCUCCCUCCAUUGGGGGCCCAGUUUGCAGGCGACUCUCCUUCCCACUCCAUCCAGGACUGGCAGCACCUCUUCGCGAAAGCUGCCUACUUCUCCGGAUACGACCCUCUCUACUUCCAGCACAUGGUCAUCAUGAUCUACCAGAACUCCCGUUCGGGACGCAUCUCCACCAAGUCUAUCACCCAGUACGGAGUCACCACCUACGACAACUUGAUCCUCGACUCGCGGUCACGGUUCUGGCCUGGGUGCGAGAACCUCUUGCCUGAGUACCGUCGCUCCAACGUCCGCAAGGCCAUCGCCAUCUCCACCCUCAAGAACUACACCAAGCUCUCUAACGAGGUCAAGGUGUCCCUUCCCUGGGACGAGACCAACGCAGGUAACUUGGCCAACGAAAUGAACCUCAUGACUGCUAAACCCCCCCUCGAUUUGGGAAACAAAUUGCUCCAACUCGGUCUCAUCCAGCCUCACACCUUCUCCACCAUUCUCUUGGACACCGUCUACGACAACUUCUCCGACCAGACCAACCCCAAGAUCGUGGAAGACAACAACAAAAUGGUGUUCUUGUUGGGCGACCAGUUGGACCAGCUCUUCGACCCGUUGUUGGAGUACUCGCCUGAGGCUAUGGACAUCAAUUACAACGUCUCCACCGCAUUCACAGCUCCUCCCUUGUUGGACGGAAAUGAAAAGGUGGACUCCAUCAUCCAGGAAUUGAUUUCCACCCAAACAAACUACACCAUGGGCCUUGUCAACUUGCUCCAGAACUUCAUCAUCCCUUUGAGAAUCCAUGUGUUGUCCCACUCUAAACUUGCAUCGGGCGAAGGUCCCAACAGUAAAUCAGGAAUCUCGAAAAUUAAUCAGGUUUUUCCCCCAACCAUCGACGAAAUCACCAGAAUCAACUGCAUCCUUCACGACUCCCUCAACAAAGCCAAAUAUUACGGUUAUGUAGAGGUCUUUAAGGUCCUCGGAAUGAUCUUACCGUACUUCUACAAAGCAUUCAUUCGUCAUGAGGCCAACCUUAAGAGCUUCUCGGCAAAAAUCAAUAAGUUCAGUCAAAGGAAUCAAAAGAAGAUUUUCGAAAACCGAAACUUGAAUAAGGGCUCUUAUACGGUCAGGGAAAUUGACUCCAUCGUAUCUGGCUCAUUAUUCGAAUUACCUAAAUUGAAAUUGAUUUUAAAGAGACUCUAUGAUACAAUCUAUACCCAAUUGGGGAGCAGAACGGACAGUGAAGAAAUGGCCUUCAUCGAUAAUUCGUAUAAUAUUGCAAUCGAAGUCAUCAAUGCAUUCGGAGGAAGCUUACCGGAUGAGGGCCUCGAAAUCUCAAAUCCAAAGCAUCGUUUUUUCACUCCUUCCGGUAAAUUGUUGACUGAACUUGCAUCAAAAUGGCCAGAACAGUUACAAUAUGACUGGUUGUCAAGAAAAGUGGUUGGGAUCUACGAAUUAAAGAAUGUCAAACCUGCCAAAGACAGUAUUUGCCAUACUGAUGUUCUCAUCAUUUUCUCGGAUUAUUUGUUGAUUUUAACCAUUAAUGAUCCCAAGUUUUACCUCAAGAGGGAUGAAGACUCGCUGAGAUCUAUUUCGGUGUCAGAUAUCUUAAUGCAUUCAUUGAUUAAUGAGAAACCUUUGCCCAAUCUUGAAAUCUUCCCUUCCAUGGAAGUUAGUGGCUGGGUUGAGAUUGAUCACGUUAUUGCCAGUACCUACAAGGGUGUUUCUUCGAUCCAGAAAGAUGAGGAAGGAUCCUUCUUGAGGUUUUUGAGCACAAAGCCAUAUGGCUUUAAUUCUUCCUCAAAAUACACCAACAUCACCAGGAACUAUGAAAUUGUGAAUACCCAAGAUGAUGGCAACAAGAUCAUUGAAUUGAUAACCAAGGCCAAAGUCUUACACAAGAGUCAAUCCUUUCAUUUGUUCAAAUCGACACCAACAAGCUUCACCAUCUACUCUACAGCUCAUAGUAUUGAUGCAUACGAGGUUGAGACUUGCAACUCGCCAUUUGCAUUAUUCUUGAACAUUACUUUCGAUAAUCCUCAAAGAUACUUUGAAACUCACCCUGGUUUGUAUUUGAUCAUAAAUGCUGCCUUCGUGAAUGAUUAUACGAUCCGAUUAUUCGGACUUAGUAAAGAUGGUAGCUUUGAGCUUGACGAAACAAUACAGGCUCAAGAUUUGCAAUCAACCUUGAAGAAGAUCUUGAUCACUAACUAUGAACUCAUCUUCAGAACUCAUAACAACAUCACUGAUGCACUUUCUAUCGGCUACAAGAACGAUUUGGACUACUACUUGAACGUAUUCACUGGAUACAGUACUGAAAGCUUGAAGUCCUCCUUGAAGCAAAAAGAGCAUGAAGAAUUGGAAGCACAGAAGAAAAAGGAAAUUGAGCAGAAGAGAAAGGCGGCUCCUAAAGCCCCGGUACCACAACCUGUCAAAAGACCGGUGGAUGCUCCAGACAGAACUUUGAAUAAAAAGAAAUCACUCAUUCAUAAGCUUUUUCAUCCAUUCAAAAGAGCAAAUGACGCAAAUAAACUUCCGAAUAAUCAAGCCUCAAAAGCAAAUGAUUCCAAUAGGAAGAUUUCUGAUACUUAUAUUCCUAGGGGAGAUAAAGCUCAAUAUACUCAUUUGUACAAGCCUAUCCCAGAGCUU